AUGGCGGAAACAGGUCUGCAGUUAGAUUUUGACAAAGACGGGCGGUACGGUUGCCAACAACAACAACAACAACCGCAACACCAUCAACAUCAUCAAGCUCACUUUGAGCAACAACGACAACAACAAGUUUUAAAUCAUCAUCAUCAACAACAAUUGCAACAAUUUUUUCAUCGCUUUUCGAUGGUUACCGCAGAAACAAGUCCAUCUUCGUCUCUAUCGUACAAUUAUGGAAAUUAUAAUGACGCAAGCGGUGCUGAUAAAGUGAAUUUAACGUCACCUUCCUCUUGUUUUACGGACUACGACGAGAAUAGUUUAAGUUCCGAGGAGCAUGUAUUGGCACCGUUAGUGUGCACCAAUGCUCAGUCAUCGCGACCAUGUUUAACGUGGGCCUGCAAAGCGUGUAAAAAGAAAAGCGUUGCUGUUGAUCGCCGAAAAGCGGCAACAAUGCGUGAAAGGCGACGUUUAAGAAAAGUUAACGAGGCGUUUGAACUACUAAAACGUCGCACAUCGUCGAAUCCUAAUCAACGUCUCCCAAAAGUAGAGAUAUUGCGCAAUGCUAUCGAAUAUAUAGAAAGUUUAGAGGAUUUACUGCAAGAAUCAUCACCUAUACGUACCAUGGAUAAUAUAACAGAUACUAUUAGCGGGAAAUCAUGUCAACAAGAUUACUUGAAUUCAUAUGCAGAUGCUUAUGAUACCUCACCGUCCCCUACUGGUUCUAGUUUGCAUUGCCUUAAUUUGAUUGUACAAAAUAUUAAUAAAAAUUCAACUUUAAUAAAUAGUUGCAAUGGUAGCAUUAGUACAAAUCACACGCGCGCACAUUCGUACUCAACGAGCAAUAAUGCGACAAGUAGUAGCAGCAGCAGUAGCAACAAUUUGGCAUUGAAAAAUGUUACAAGCGCUCAUGUAAAAUCUGCUGCAGUAGAACUUGCGACAUCCUCCUCUCAUACAUCAUUGAAUGCAACAUUUAAACAAAAAUGUACAACAACGUGAACAAGGCGAUGUGUGUGGCGUAAUGGGUCCGCGUAAAAAAAUCUACCAUGAACUAAGGAUUAAUCUGUCAUACAUAUAAAAAAAAGCGUAUGAAAGCGUAUUUAAGCUGCAUAUCUAGACAUUGUAAAUUUACACAUUACAAGCUGAUUAAUAUUAAUUUAUCUCAUAAUAUGCCUAAAUGAAAAGGAUACACGUUAUACUCUAUAUAUACGUAUACGUAUAUAAAUGAAAAUUUUACAAAGCAG